CAUUAAUAACGACCCUUAAAAUGCCUGGGGAACAGCUAAAAUACUGGAUACGGACUAACGCAAUCAUCAUUACGAUCGAUAAGGAUGUGGGAAGCGGACCUCGGUAACCAUAAAUUAUGACAGCGACCCUACAUAAAGUAUACGUCACCUUCACCCUCGGUGUCCUGACAGAAAUGCAUAUGUUUAUAACACAGACGCUGUUUGCAUUCGCAUUGCUAGGACUGGCUCGUGGGCUGAACUUCACACAUAACGCCCCGGAUAACAGAGGAAAGGAAUUCAUCAUUGGAUAUAUGGAAAAUCUCGGUCAAGACAUAGACGUUGAAUUGUUCAUUACGACAAUGAGGCGAAAGAAUGUAAGUGUAGAAAUCUCGGCUCCGCACUUCGAAGAAGCAGAAAUACACCAUCUCUUCAAUGUAUCGUAUGGUAUGGUCAAACAGGUCCACUUCCCAAACACCAUCCGGGCGGUAGGAUCCACUCGUGAUAAAAAGGGGAUAUUGAUCGAAUCUGAUGAUGAAAUAGUCAUUUAUGGUGUAAAUAAGGAGAAGUUUUCCUCAGAUGCGUUCUUAGGUUUGCCUGUUGAUGUGCUUGGAACUGACUACUAUAUCAUGACGUACUAUCCACCGACAGACCAGUGUGAACUUUUGGUUGUUGGGGUUGAAAACAAUACAGCCGUUACUGUACUCCUAGGCGACGCUCUGGGCAAUUACACAGUUGAAUGGGAAGGACAUGACUACCGAAAAGGAGACGAAAUUCACAUCAAUUUGGAUAGGUUUGAUACAUUUCAGUUAGUAAGCAAAGGCGAUUUGAGUGGAACUCAUGUGACUUCAGAUAAACCCGUUUCGGUAUUCAGUGGAAACAAGAAAACAAAGAUUGGUCGUGGAUUUAGUAGUGAUCAUAUUGUUGAGCACUUAACGCCAGUGGCUUCUUGGGGGAAGAAAUUCGUAACUGUUCCUAUCCCCCAUCGAACAGUGGGUGACUACUUCCGGUUUAUAGCGAGUGAGGAAGACACUGAAAUCAAAAUAACAGGUGGCCAUAACGACACUAUAGUUUUGAAAAAGCCCGGGGAUUUCGCUCAGAGGAAUAUUCCCUCUCAUGCGUUUUGUCUUGUCACUUCCAAUAAAGCCAUUUUUGUUGCUCAAUUUGCUAUGAGUCAGCCCUCACGCUUCGAGCCGUCGGAUCCCAGCAUGAUCAUUAUCCCACCAGUGGAACAGUUUGCCUCAGAUUACACGUUUGCUACCCCGAAAUAUUCAUUUGGUUCCUACAUAAAUUACUUCCUGUUCAUCAUCAAGGCCGAAGAUAGUCCAGGACUGAGACUCAAUGGUAAACCUUUCCCACAUGAUAUCCGGUUCAAUUGGAUACAGGGCACUGGGUAUGUGGGAGGCUUCAUUUCUAUACCGGAAGGUUCUCACAAUGUCCGCCAUGUUUCACCUAUCAGUAUAUUUGGAGGUUAUCUUUAUGGAAGAGCUUCCCUAGAGUCGUAUGGAUUUCCCACUGGAAUGAGAAUGGCUCCGAUCAAUCAGCCGUGUGAACCAACGCCCACUGUUGCUGGUGAUGGAUUGGACAAUGACUGUGACGGUCUGAUUGACGAGGAAUUGUGUGUUGUAGACAAUGAAGAUAAUGACGAAGACGGCACAACUAAUGAAGACUGUGCUAUGCCUGCACCGGUGGACGGUAAUUGGGCAGAAUGGCAGGAUUGGGACUCAUGUUCCGCCACUUGCAGACUAAAAGGAGAUUCAUCCCAGAAAAGUUUUCGCACCAGACGGCGUUCAUGCACAAAUCCUGCGCCUGCUUAUGACGGUGACGUCUGCGAAGGCAAAGGCAUAGAAACAAGCCCCUGCCUACCACCAAAUUAUUGUCCGGUUGAUGGUCAAUGGACAACAUGGACAACAUGGGGUUACUGUUCCCUAGAAUGUAAGCGACCUGGGAAUCUUACUGGUACCACGCACAGACAUCGUGACUGUUCCAACCCACCCCCGCAGUAUGGCGGUAAACAAUGUGAAGGACAUUCCAGUGAAGAACAAGAUUGCACUCCGUCAAGCUUUUGUCCUGUUGAUGGAAAAUGGUCAUCCUGGGAGGAUUGGACACCGUGCUCUGUGUCCUGUUUAAAGCCAGGGUCGAAUACAAAUGGGAUACAGAUGAGGUCACGGUCAUGCGCAAAUCCAAAACCGGAACAUGGUGGGAAAGACUGCCCAGGAGACCAUGUGGAUAUGAAAGAAUGUUUACCGACAAAGCCAUGUCCAGUUCAUGGGAAAUGGACAUCCUGGGGAGCAUGGAGCCCGUGUUCUGUGUCCUGUUUAAAACCAGGGUGGUCGGAUACAAAUGGGAUUCAAAUCAGGUCCAGGUCAUGCGCGAAUCCCAAACCGGAACAUGGUGGUGACGGCUGCGCAGGAGACGAUGUGGACAUCAAACAAUGUUUACCUACAAGACCAUGUCCAGUUCAUGGGAAAUGGACAUUAUGGGGAGACUGGACCCCGUGCUCUGUGUCCUGUUUAAAGCCAGGGUCGAAUACAAAUGGAAUACAAAUGAAGUCCCGGUCAUGCACAAAUCCCAAACCGAAAUAUGGUGGCGAUGGCUGUUCAGGAGACGAUGUGGAUAUAAAAGAUUGUUCACCUAAAAACUCAUGUCCAGUUCAUGGGAAAUGGACAUUAUGGGGAGACUGGACCCCGUGCUCUGUGUCCUGCUUAAAGCCAGGUUCGAACACAAAUGGGGUACAAAUGAGGUCCCGGUCAUGCACAAACCCCAAACCAGAACAUGGUGGCCACGACUGCUCAGGAGACGAUGUCGAUAUCAAACAAUGUUCCCCUACAAACCCAUGUCCAGUUCAUGCGAAAUGGACUGCAUGGGGAAUAUGGACCCCGUGCUCUGUGUCCUGUUUAAAGCCAGGUUCGAAUACAAAUGGGGUACAAAUGAGGUCCCGGUCAUGCGCAAACCCCGAACCGGAACAUGGUGGUCACGACUGCUCAGGAGACGAUGUGGAUAUUAAAAAAUGUUCACCUACAAACCCAUGUCCAGUUCAUGGAAAAUGGACUUCAUGGGGAAAAUGGACCCCGUGCUCUUUGUCUUGUUCAAAUCCAGGUUCAAAUACAACUGGGGCACAAACGAGGGCCCGGUCAUGCGCAAACCCCAAACCGGAACAUGGUGGGGAAAACUGCGUAGGAGACGAUGGGGACAUCAGAGAAUGUUCCCCAAUAAACCCAUGUCCAGUUAAUGGGAAAUGGACAUCAUGGGAAGAUUGGUCUUCGUGUUCUGCAUCUUGUUUAAAUCCAGGUUUGAAUACAAAUGGGGUACAAAUGAGGUCCCGGUCAUGCGCAAACCCCAAACCGGAACAUGGUGGGGAAGACUGCAUAGGAGACGAUAUAGAUAUCAAAGAUUGCUCCCCAACAAACCCAUGUCCAGUUCAUGGCAACUGGACAGCAUGGAAAGAAUGGACCCCGUGUUCCGUGUCCUGUUUAAACCCAGAGUCGAAUACGAAUGGGGUACAAAUGAGGUCCCGGUCAUGCGCAAAUCCCAAACCGGAACAUGGUGGCGACAUCUGCUUAGGAUUCGAUGUGGAUAUAAAAGAAUGUUUCCCAACAAACCAAUGUCCAGUUGACGGGGAUUGGUCCUCCUGGGAAGAAUGGAAUCCGUGUUCUGUGUCUUGUUUAGAACCAUGUUCAAACACCAAGGGGGUUCAAAUAAGAUCCCGGUCAUGCGCAAAUCCAAAACCGGAACAUGGUGGCAAAUACUGUCAAGGAAAAGAUGAAGACGUAAAAGAAUGUUCUCCAACAGUCCCAUGUCAAGGAGGUUCGUCAGACACUGGUUGGUCGGCGUGGAGUCUUUGUUCUGUCGAAUGCGGAGGCGGGAUUAGACGACGUCAUCGUCUAUGUGAUGGCCAAUCAGAAUCAAGUUGCCAUAGAGAUACUGUCCAAGAAGACAUAUGCAAUACUCAGGAAUGUGUUGGUACCAUGAUUGAACUAGAGACGAAACAGCAGAGUCCUCCACAUUUCACGUACACCAAACUAACAGAUUACGGUUACCAACCGAACUCAAACAGUUCCAUCGUAUUUCAUGUAAAGGCAUGCAGCGAUGCGCACGUGGCACUGAGUUCGAAUGAUCAUCGCGUGUACGAGGUCAUCAUUGGUGGAUGGAGUAAUACCAAAUCUAUAAUUCGAUCAAAUGCAGAUGAAAUGGCAAAGACAACACAUAAUGGUCCUAUUCUCAGCUGUUCAGAGUUCAAAACAUUUCAUUUAAGUUGGAAAUGUGGUGUGGUUGCUCUACACCAAAAUACGUCCAAUGGAUGGGUAAAACUUAUGGAAUGGGAGGAUCCGAGUCCGAAAAUAAUUACAAACAUAGCAUUUACAACUGGAUUGUGGGCUACGGGACUUUGGAGUUUUAGAGGUCUCGCUAUGUGUAACUGUUUAGUGAGUGGUGAUCCCCAUUACACCACGUUUGACGGGGAGCAGAUAGACUUUAUGGGCACGUGUAAGUACAUGCUAUCUGAAUAUAGAAAAUCAGAGGACGUGUGCUCAUACGCUGUCGAGGUUAAGAACGAACGGCGAGGAUCCAAUUCCAAAGUGUCCUUUACCCGACUUGUAGACGUGAAAAUGUUCGGACAAGUUAUUCGACUUCACCAACAGAAGAAUGUUUAUAUUGACGGUCAGCUUACAUACUUGCCCUAUACAGCUGCCAUGUUUGAGGUGGUUAUGAGUGGAACCUAUGUGCGGUUUUCUAGUAAGUGCGGGCUAGUAGUUGAGUUUGAUGGAGAGUCUAACGCCUGGGUCAGGGUGCCUAGUCAUCUUGGCGGGUCCUUCACGGGUAUAUGUGGAAACUGUAAUGGUCUUAAGGAUGACCGACGAGAGGUGGAGGAAUAUCAAGUAGCGGAUGACUCCGACCUUAGAUUUCACCAUUGCACGACCGACUCAGAUUUCAACCCAUGCACUCAACAAUUAGAGAAUGAAGCAGAAACUCAGAGUGUUUGUAAAUAUCUGGACCCAGCUAAUGCCGAUAUCAGCCCCUUUAAAUCUUGUAUAGAGAAAAACCCGGAAGAUGCAAUGCUGAAAUUCGAGUCCUGCGUAUACGACUUCUGUGCAUUCAAACCAGAGGCCAAUGGGAACUUUGAUACCCGACUUUGUGAUGACAUUACCGCCUUUGCGGAUUCUUGUCUUACAAAUGGCUUCAAGAUCAAAUGGCGCUCUGCCGAUUUAUGUCCUCUUCAUUGUGGUGAACAUGCAAGGUACAAUCCAGAGAGUUCCGCGUGCCCACCAACAUGUACAGACCCAGAGGCAUCCCAAAAAUGUACACUCGGAACACUGGAGGGCUGUGAGUGUGAACAUGGCUAUCUGUUGAGUAAUAGGAAAUGUGUCAAGUCUUCCGAAUGUGGCUGUUUGGAUGAAAAUGGGAACUACUACCCGAUUGGUGCGACAUUCAGCGCCGAUUGUACAACUGUAAAACAGUGUAAAAUAGAGGGAGAGGAUAUAAAACUCGUGGUGGUGGGCACGCGUCCACCAUGUGGGCGUAACGCCGAGUGUGGGGACAAUAACGGACAACACACAUGCGUCUGCAAACGGGGUUAUCAAGGAGAUCCUUCCCACUCUUGUCAUCCGGUAUACGAAUGUCGCAGUGACGUCAUAGGGACCGGUUACCAGGGGACAGUUUCACAGACGGCUCGCGGGAACGAUUGUCUCCCCUGGAACACGUCAGACAGCAGUUUUAAGUCCAUCGGAGGCCAUCGCUUCUGUAGAAAUCCCAACCAACGUCUUUCGCCCUGGUGCUAUAUUCAAACUGAACACGUCACGAGCUGGGAAUAUUGUGACAUACCCAUGUGUCACGAAGUAAAACCGGUUUGUGAAGCGACUACAGAAAUCAUCUGCUCUAGUUCCGGAGACACUUUCAGAUUAUGCCAAGUUGAAAAAGCCAAGUACAUAACAUAUGUCGGAUUAAUUGGACCUAUAAGUACGGCUGAAUGUCGAAAUGGGCUCAGCUUUGGACGUUUCGGAAAUAGCAUCUGGACAGACCAUGGCUGCGGCGGAUAUUUUGAAAUUUGCUUCACACAAAAAAAACCAGUAUACAAUAUCGUCGCCCCACCAAAAACAGAGUGUAAACAGACCGAUUCCGGUGAGGACUAUACGGGCCGAUGGGGCCGGACCUUGUCUGGACGGGUGUGCCAGAGAUGGAACUCCCAAUACCCACAUAACAACACGUACAGCACUAGCCUGAAUGGUGAAGUAAACUACUGCAGAAAUCCUGGUGACCACGCCCCCGGACACACCCACUCACAUCCUUGGUGUUACACGACAGACGAAAAUAAGACCUGGGAAUACUGCAGCAUUCCAAACUGCUGAAAUUGGUGCUUCUACCAUCGGCUUUGUCACUCAAAUUGCGACAAGUCAGCCAACGAGAAACCACGUUCAGGAAACGAUAGAAGUUCUUUAUCAUAAACGUAUUGUAAU